CGGAAGUAUCAUUCAGGCAAAGCGUGGACGGCAUGUCGCUCAUAUUUCGCAGUCCCAUCAAUGCUGAAUUCAAGCAACGGCAAAGUCAGCUGUUUUGCGAGCAAGUUGAAUCUGACUUUUGCUAUGGGAACUAUAGAGAACUGAAAUUUUAUCUACAUAAGUAUUGCAAAGCGAGCGAUCGAAUUUUAGCAACUGGCUGCAAAUCGACAAGUAAUGGAGAAACUCUCUUUAUCGAAGAUUUGUACGAUGCAGGCUUCCAUGCUGUCGUUGGGGUGGACAGCUCUGAAAAGAACAUUUCUACUGCAAAAGAAAGGAACAAAGAGAACAGACCUGAAAUUCAAUUCGUUGUGGCGAAGGGCUUUAAAGUAAAAGAGCUGUCUAUUUAUAUACGAUCCACACGUAACUUCUCUAUACUACUUCGAUACAUUAUUCAGAAACCAAGCCAUUAAAAUAUACAAAUCUAUCUGCUUUGAAAGCAAAUAGUUGUGACCUCACAAGUUAUGUACAGCAAACAGAAGAGAGAAUAAGUAAUUGUGAAAUUUAUCCAUAGACAUUUAACUCACAUCCCCAGUCAGCGUCCAUUAUCCUUGGGUAAAGCAUAGGUCAGGUUAGAGGUAAAAUAAUAAAAUUAUUUUACAUAUGUAAUUUUUGAAAUCAUAAACAUUGUAUUUCUAAGGAAAAUCAUUUUAAAAGUGCCUCUAGAUUCUAUUUUGUUGGAGCUGAUGACUCAAAUUUUCACUGACCAAUUUUCUUUAAAAGUUUUAAUUAAAGUUUUUUUCUGUAACUUUGCCUGUAAUGCCACUGGAAAGUAUCUAUUAGAGCUUAUAUGUUUUUGCUUUUUUCAGAUUGAUGAUGAAGCUGAUAGUUUCAAUGUACUGAUAGACAAGGGAGAACUGGACAUGAUACGUAAAGAACAAUCUUCUUUUGAGUUAUAUGAUUUUGCACAACAUUUUGAAGAAGUACAACGCCUUUUGAAAGUUGGUGGCCGAUAUAUUUGUUUUUCAUUGGCAACAACAGAUGUUUUGGAUAAACUUCUGGUCUAUUUUUCAUCUGGAUGGUUCUUUAGGGUGCACAUGCUGAACACAGAAUUAUUAGAUGGAAAAUUGGUUUCAUUUCCCUUGUUUUGUUUUAUCUUGACAAAGACGAAAUCUGCAGGUGAUUAUUAUAAACCAUACUUGUCUGGUGUGCAGGCUGAGACAAUCCCUUCCAAGGAAGAUAAAGUGGGUGUAAUAUUCUUUGGGUAGUGACACUUUAGCUAGAAGGAUAUGAGCUUGAGAUUUCUACUGUGAUAUUUAAUGAGGACAAAGCCCAAAUUAACUGUCACACAGAAAUUGAGAGUAUAUGUUUGAAGACUAUUUUUAUUUGUCCUGCAUUCCAGUAGGAUAACAAUGUUAUGAAAAAAGUGGACUAGUCUAGAAUGAUAACUUUAGUCAGCUUAUUAACACAUUGCAAAUUUGACAUGCCUAUGGAAUACUUAAUCAUAAAACAACAAGGAACCUCUGGCAUCGGUCAUGUACUUUGGCUGGAAGAUAGUUAGUGGUAUAGUUAAUAGAAUAGUUUUCAGAAUGGCUGUGCCAAUUGGUGCAAAUGUAAGAUGCAGAUUGUCUUAUGCAAUCUAUAGGUUUGCUUUUAUUUGCUGCUUUUUUUUUUUUUUUUUUUUUAAGUCUAUACAUGAUUUAUAUACAUCUAGGUUUAUCAAGUCAGCCAUUAAAAAUCAUUGAAGUAUGCCUUGAGGGAACAGAAAGCAUCCAGAGAUUGAAUUGUUUUUCGGAAGUCAAGACUAAUCUUCAAGAAAUCCAGCAAUAUUUCAUGACAAGGAAAUCUCUUGGUAUGAUUGUAAGACAGUGCUUUGUUGAACUAUUUCUCUCAGCUUCAUUGCUGUGGUUUUUCUCCAGUGCAAUCUUUAAUCUUGAGUGAAGACUCUUUUCUCAAACAAAGGCUUGUUAUCAAAUGCAAGAUUUAUGAAGAUCUUAAAAUUUAAAUUUUGAUUCAUUGUGAAUGGUGCAACAGUUCCAAGAAAUUUAAAAAUGCAGUUUAGGCCAAGUACAGCUAGAGACAAUGCUGGUCAAUAGUACUGUUUUUAGAUAUGAUCUUAAAGAAGCCCUUGGUAAUGACUGGAAACAAGAAUGCAAUGAAGUUAUAGAAAGUUGAAAUGAGCAGAGAAACAGCCCUGUGCAUACAUUUUAAAACUGUGUACAUUUCCCAGCUGUCCCUUACAAAACAACAACAUUAAAUCACCUUGUCUAUCUUAGAAUGGUAACCCUAACAGCAAAUACAUUUUCUGUUUCUAUUUGGAAAUCAACCCUUUGUUAAAAUGUUAUACCAUAAGAGAGGUCUUGCACCACAAUAGACAGUGAACACCUUGAACUUCUUACACAAUAUUUAGGAGAAAUGGAAGUUCAUUUUUUUAUGUUUGGCAAGGUGUUCCCAUUAUGAUUAUGACAUCCUAUCCUCCGCCUGUUUAAAGUUGUGUUAUUUACUUAUGUUGUUUUAUAUUGCACCAACUCCUGCACUGCUCCUCUACCCUAUCUACUCUUUGGUAAAUAUUGGCUUAGUGUGUGUAAUGUUCCACUCACCAGGAGUGUUCCCAUGCCUUGGGGUAGACACUACCUCAAGAAUGCAACUCUCUGCCCCACCAGCAUUUCAAUCAUCUCUCCAUGCUCUCACUCAAUUUUAUUCCUUUACUGCUUUACUUUGUUUCCCUGCAGAAAAGUUGAGACCCAAGCAGCACCUCAAUGUAGACUUGUAUUUAUCAUCUGGAGGUAAAAAACAAAGAAGUGAACCUCGUUAUUCAAUGGCAAUUGUAGACAUUCAACCUUCAUUGGCAAAGAAUGGAAAGUUUGCCAUAUUUAUUGUACCACAAGGUAAUGUGUUGGACAAGUUUUAUGGUAGAAAAGUAGGAAAACUGAAGACUUCUGUCAACAAAGUAAGAUUCAAAAUGCAGUAGUUGAUGCUAUUAAUCUAUUUGUGUGUAAAAUUCAGGCCCUGGUUGUUAAAGACUGGAUAAUGUAACUAGAAGGUGAUUUGCUCUCUGGUCAAUAUUAGAUAGCAAACAAACUGAAACAUCUCUAAAUUCCAAUUCUGUCUGUGAACAGUAAUAUUGUUGAAUCUCUAAUUUUUAUUAUUAUUAUUAUUUUAAACAUUAUUUUUGUCAGUAGCAUUAGCAUUAGCAUUAUCUUCAUCAUUAUCAUUAGCACUAGCACUAUUGUUAUCGUUAUCGUCAUUGUUACCGUCGUCGUUACCGUCAUCGUUACUGUUACAAUCAUCAUUGUCAUGAUCUUGUAAUUGUGAUCAUUAUCAUUAUCAGAGUACACUGCACGUUGUUUUUUUAAAUGUUUAUUUAGCUCAGUUUGUUUCGUUAUAAUUGAGAGUUCAAGUUAAGUUUUUUUUUCACAGGAAGGGAAACAGAAUGGUUAUUUUCGUCGAAAGAAGGACAAACAGAACUUAGCACAAAUGCAGGUUUUGAGCGUGUUGUGAUUGUGACUCUUGGGAGAGGACACACCUUUACUGACAUGGAUGCUAUUAAGGGUGAAUUGUCAACCAAAGUCAUGGAACUUGCUCCUCGAAAACUUAGCCGUAAUGCACAGGUAAAUCGAAUUUAAUAUGAAUUUAUUUUCUAGGGACAACAAUCUGAGACAAUUUACUUUGCAGUGUCUCUCAAACCAGACAUCUAAUAGCUGCUUGAGAAGUGUCCCAAUUUUCAUACGUGGCGAGAUGCAAGGGAAGACGGGGGGGGGGAGGGGUAAACUUUUAAUAGACUUGCACGUCAUCUCGAUGGGUAACAGCAGUACCAUCAAUUUUUGUUAUAGGGAUUUGCAAUUUAGGAAGGAGAGAAUAUCUUUCUUUCCCUCUCUAAUGCUGUCCCUAAAAAGUCGAAAUUCUGCAUUUUGCCUCUUUUAAUACAGGCUAAGGAGCAGACUCCAGAAGAUCUAAAAGGAGGCAUUUGUAAUGUAUGGGUUAAGUUUUAAAAUAGUUUUUCUCUUUUCAUCUUUAAGGUACCCUUCCUUUCUGUCGGCGAAGAUCUUGGAAACCGUGUAGUUUUGUAUGAAGGAAAUUCACAGUUGAGUGGAGACUAUGUUGUGGAAGAUGUCGACGGGGAUGGAGGACAGAAAUUUCGACGACUCAUUUUUCUUAGCAACAAGAACGUAGUGCAGUCAGAGGCCCGACUAAUAACAGGUGAACUUUUCUUUAAGCAGGUUUUAACUAAGUGGCGAAACACUUAAACCGAAGUAAUCACGACAGCCAAUGAGAAUAAAAGUUUAAACCAUCAUUGGCUAAUUAGAACUUGCCUGUGACAGGCAAACUGCUUGAAGUGCAUGAAACACGUGUGACUAAGUCGCGAUUGCUUUUAAUUUUGUAUCUGAUCAGUUUAGAGGCUGGUGCGAAGCGAAUUAAAGUUAAGCAAAACCAAAGUAAUUCCGGAUUAAUUUUGAAUUUCGAUUAAUAAAUUUCGCGAAACUGAAAAUGUCCCAUUUUUGCAAAAUUAUUGGGAUUGAUGAAAUUGAUGGAAUCCAUAACGUUGAAAGCCCGUUGAAGUAAAAGCAUGGUAUGCUUUCGUCUUAAAAAUAACGGCACGUCUCUUAUUUGGUUCUUUUUCGUUUAAGCAAUAGGAAGCAAUUGCUUGUCAGAUGACUGAUGGAUAAAGGGGAUAAGUUUUUAAAGAAACUGUGGUGCUGCGUCGGUGGGAGAGUAUAGCAGGUAAUUUAGUGUUUACAACUGAGUCGAAAACGUAAAUUGGCCACCGUAAAGAAUAAAAAAACUGACAUUUCGAGCGUUAGCCCUUCAUCAAUCGCUCUGACGAAGGGCUAACGCUCGAAACGUCAGCUUUUUUACUCUUUAUGGUGGCCAAUUUACGUUUUCAACUCAGGUGUUAACACUAAAUUACCUGUCAAUUGACUGGGCUGCGUGGGUUUAAGAAUUUACACAGUCUCUGAUGGUUUUUCUAAGAUACCGAGUUGUUUUUUGUUGUCGUUGUUGUUUUUUUCUUUUAUAACUAUUAAAUGUUGUGGUGUAUUUCUGUAACUUGCAACUUAACUUUGAUACAUUUAAGUUCUCUGGUGUUUAUCUUUAAAAUAAAUGUUCGGUUUUCAACCAAUGAAAUCAUGUAUAGUGCUUCAGUUAUACCAAAAGCGACCAAGUCGUGGUUGGUUUUUGUUUCGCACCUGAUUGGAGAAUGGCACGAGUUUUCUGUACCAAUCACAGAGCAAAGUAAAGCAAAACCGAUAUAAUCCCGAGUUCCUUUCAACACUCGUUUGAAAAUUGCUUUAUCAUAUGCUGUUGUUAUUUAUAACUCACUAAUAUUGUAAUAAUGAUAAUUGCACCGUUUAUACAGACAGAACAAAUGUUAAGAAGGGCAAAGGAAAACAGAAGGCAAAGGUUCAUAACAACAGCAGUCCCCGAGUGGAUCAUGGGUAUUUAGCUUGUCAGCAUCACAGAGUGAUUGUCACCGGCCUGGCCUGGAUCGAGGGAUUUUGUACCACAGGUAAGCCAUCGUGGUCCAGCGUGUAGCAUGGCAAUUUUUACGGGGUCCAUCAACCACGAAAUAGUAUUCCCGCGAACGGUAAACUAUUUUGCGACCGGCUCUGAAAUGCUUUAGCAAAUCACAUUUCAGAUUUUGUUCUAAAUAGAGAAAAAAAACUGUGAAACAAAAAACGAGGAAAGAAAAUUUCUGAAUUCGAAGUUUGAGCAAUCACAACCUCGUUCCAGGGUUCUCUCUCUGACUCCCUUCUUUCACCUGGGAGGAGGAGAAAAGACCCUGGGAACGAUGUUGGGCCAAUCAAGUUUGCACAUUCAGCGUUAUGUUGGCCUUUAAUGGAUAUGGUUUUAUGAACAGCAGCAGUGACUUCAAGUUCAUGUAUCUCUUGAACCAGAGAUUUGGCAACAGAGAAGCCAAACAAUUUCAGUUCUUCGCCGUGUGGUCCUCUGCAUUCAAACAUUUUUCAUAAUUGACUUUCUUUGAGUAAUAAUGUUAAGUAUCGUUGUCUGUAUAAUAUGUCUCUGAUUAUGUACAAUCUUAGACGAAAAGAGGAAAGGCUUGAUAGUUGGCCUCGGUGGUGGAGGACUGGCAAUGUUUCUGCAUCAAUACUUCAAGAAGGUGAUUUUAAGAUAUAAUAUGAAAAUUAAAAAACAUUGAAAAUAAACCCUGACAUUUAGGAUAUUACUAACUUUUAGCCGUUAUGUUGUAAUUGUUCGUUAAUUUCUACUUUUUUUCAUUGGAUUGGAGCUAAGCGCGAAUGUUGAAUUACGUGCGGAAGAGGAAAGCAAAGCAAGGCAAACAAAUUUACAAAGAAGCUCAAAACACGAUGGACAUCCCGCAUUCACUCUGUGUGGCUUUUUUCGUAUGCUGUCCCUCACGCUUGUUCACACUUUUCUCAUACUUUGCGUCCGCUCCUCUGACAACAGCUUGUUCUACUUUCGUCGAAAACCGACUUGCAGUAGUUUGUGCUUCCUAGCGGUAGAAAGUGGCCUGUACUCUUUCUUCUUUCAACAAGUAGAAUUUAUGCCCCAUGACUUCUACUAAUAAUUGCUUUCGACCUCUGUUAUCUCCUGAUGACUGUGUUUACUCGUUGAAUUUAGCUCAAUGACGUGCACCCCAUACCAUGUUUACUACAAUUUUCAAUAUAUUGCUGAAAUCUUGUUUUAUUUAUAUCGCCCUUGAUUGAUAUUUGUUCUUUGAUUCACAGCUUUCUGUAGAGGUCGUAGAACUAGAUCCAUCCAUUUCCGAAAUUGCCAAUAGUUGGUUUGAGUUCAAAGAAGAUGAUAGAAUGCAAGUCAUAAUUGAAGACGGAUUGAAGUAUAUUCGAUCCAAAGGUUUGUUUUCUGAUCUUAAACUUUUUAGAACACCUCCUUACCCAAAAGAGGACCACAGGAUGUUUAUGCCAUCGAUGAGGAUAUAAUGAAAUUAGAGUAUUAAAGUUUGUCUCACGAUAUAGUGCCCUUCGAUGUAGCCUCCUCCAGGCGCGAUAAACUGAGAGGCGCUGCAGAAAAAGGGCUGCAGUUUUGUUCGGGUCGUGGCGCUACCCGACCCAAAUCUACCCCGUUAUUUCAUUCGUCCGCUGCCAUCGCGCUGUUUACUAUGAGUUGCGUUCCGUUUCGUCAACUGAAGGCCUGGAACAAGCUACCUACGAUACGAAUGGCAUUUCGGUUGCCAACUGCUAAUCUCUAAGUGAUGGAGUCGACCAGUUACACAAAAAGUCAUGAACCAACAAGGCUUAGCCUGGAGAAGACAAGCGGAAAGCACUUGACACAUCGCGAUCCACAUCGCAAGUAGCUCCAUCGUAAGACGAACGAAAUUACUUUCUUACCGUUGAAUUUUUCGCGAUGACUACGUACGUCUAUUACCCACCCUCUCCGGGUGCCCAUAAGAAACCGUGAAGUGUCUCUGUUUUUCAUUAUUGUUUCAUAUGUUACCAUUUGUCAGAGAGCACUCCAAGCUAUGAUGUGAUUAUCUUUGACGUGGAUUCUAAAGACAUGACCGUAGGAAUGAGUUGUCCGCCACAGGCCUUCGUGGAUAGAGCGUUUCUCAAACAGGUUCACUCCCUGCUAUCUCCUUCAGGUCAGUCGCUGGUGUUUGGAGAGAGAGUUGACUAAGGAAGAAUGGGCAUUUUUAGAGAGCUUUUCUGAAAGGUUCACGGGGAACGACUGCAUCUUAAAUUACAAGCAAGUGAUUUCAACAAAUGCAUAUAACGUAGGUUAUGUGCUCCUGAUUUUACUUGACUUAAAUGGGUAGGGUUUUCGUGCAACUGGGUGCCAGACAAUCCAAAGCAUCCAGCCUGCACAUCGCUUUCAACACGCUGCGGCGGUGGAUUUAAAUUUAUCUCCUUUUAGUGUGAAGUCAACUUCUUUGCCAUUCCAACCAUAUUUUAACUUGUGCAUUUCCUUUUUCAAUUUAUUUUUCGACUGCCCUAGAUUUCAUGCUUAAGUUUAAGUGCUUAUGACAGUUUAAAGACAAUAAAUGGCUUGAACCCGGGGGUAACAUGUGACAGUUAAGUCUGAUCGUCCGGGUGAGUGUAGCCCUGAGGACUGUUGUCUGUAGUAGUGACUGCCAGGCGUUUCGACGAGCUAAGCGGAAGUUAUCGUCAGAGUCAAGUUAGUAGUUGUUUUCAGUCGAAUGUAAAGUCCGGUUCGUGUGAACUGAUUGUUAAGUUUAGCCGUGAGGACUCGAGUGGCGCAAACUACGUGAAAGUGUCGUCGGUAAAGUUAGGUCAUCGCGUUCGGUUCGUUUGUGAUGUUGAUUUCGUGAGUAAGUCGUUCGUGUGGAUCCGGUAGUAGCUGACACUUUUUCAGGGAAGUCCGUUGUAAGUUAGUGAGCCAGCUUUCUAGAGACAGCCGUUGAAAAUAAUUAGUGCUGUAGGCCGAUGAUGCAUUGCGCAGUCGAUAGUGUGGUUCGUAAGGUGAUGAUAUUCAACAAUGUGAUUCUUGACAUCACAUUUUCUUGUCGCUCGCUUGUGGUGAAGAUGACUUCCGCUCAGGUUGUCGAAACAUCAAUCACUACAACAGACAACAGUCCUUCUCAGGACUGCACUCACCCACAGAUCAGACUACACUUUCACAUAGUUUAAAGAGAACCACAGGUUUAUCUUAACGAGGUUUAUAUUCAUUUUCUCUAUCUCUGGCCCAUAUGUGGUCGAAUUGUAAGGGAUAACCUGCCUCCUAAGGUUUUCUUCUCUUUUCAGGAGUGUUCGUUUUGAACUUGGUUUGCCGCAAUACAUCCCUGAGAGAGCAAGUUGUCAGCGAUCUUCGGGCUGUUUUUCCUGAGCUUUACACCAUCGGAAUUGAGGGGGAAGUAAACGAGAUCGUGAUCGCUCUUCCACAGCUUAGAUACCAAACGGACUGUGAAGAGAAGAAAUCCCUUGACGCUCUUAAAAAUAUUUUUCACAACUCAGUCAUGAAAUUACAGGAAUUUGCCAAGAGUCAAAGUCAUUCUUGGGAUUCAACCCUUGAUUUGUGUCAACUUGUAAAAGAAGUUCAAAUUGUAUAGAGGAAAAAAAAAAUUUAACGAACAAUUGGGUUGUUGCUGCUGUUGCUUCAUUGCGACAUGAAACUUUACCUUAGAUAUUCAUAGGAUUUCUCUCAAGUAGAGAGAAUUGCCAUGGAAAGCGUUAAGUCAAGUCCCAAAAGCCCCUGAGUUGUUAUUUGACACAGAAAAUAAAUGAACUAUAGAGGGAACACAGGCAUGUAAAGAACAAAG